GUGAAUAACGAUUGUUUUAUUAAUAUUUAACAACUUUUUAAUAAAAUGGCACGAAAAUUUUUUGUUGGCGGGAAUUGGAAAAUGAAUGGUUCAAAAAAAGAAAUCGACGAUAUUGUUUCAUUCUUGAAAAAUGAUUUUCUUGAUCCAACGGUAGAAAUUGUAGUUGGGGUUCCAUCAAUCUAUCUAUCAUAUACAAAAAGUAUUUUACCAACUAAUAUUAAUAUUUGUGGGCAAAAUUGUUAUAAAUUUGCAAAAGGCGCUUAUACCGGAGAAAUUAGCCCUGCAAUGCUUUUGGAUAAUGGUAUUCCAUGGGUUAUUAUUGGUCAUUCUGAAAGAAGAAAUAUUUUUAAAGAGUCAGAUGAAUUGAUUGCAGAAAAAACUUUUCAUGCUAUAGAAAGUGGUUUGAAAAUAAUUAUUUGUAUUGGUGAGAAACUAGAAGAACGUGAAUCUGGAAAAACAGAAGAAGUUGUUUUUAGACAAAUAAAGGCAAUAGCAGAUAAAAUUAAAUCUUGGAAUAAUAUUGUUAUUGCUUAUGAACCUGUUUGGGCUAUCGGUACUGGUAAAACUGCAACUCCUCAACAAGUACAGGAGGUUCAUGAUAAACUCCGAACAUGGCUUGCAGAAAAUGUUAAUCCAAGUACUGCAGAAUCAUUACGAAUAAUUUAUGGUGGUUCAGUAACAGCCGACAAUGCUAUAAAUUUAGCCAAAGAGAAAGAUAUAGAUGGAUUUCUUGUUGGGAAUGCAUCUUUAAAACCUGACUUUAUAAAAAUUAUAAAUGCAAGGAAAUAAACUUUAUAUUAUAAUUAUUUUUUAUACAU